AUGACUGUCAAUAGGUUCCAAAAACUCAACCAGUAUUUUCACGUGUCCGACAGAGCCGCUGAACCCGCACGAGGAGCACCCAAUCAUGACAAACUGUAUAAAAUUCGACCUGUAAUAGAGCAUGUUUCAGGGACAUUUGGUGACAGCUAUAUGCAUGGCAAGCAAGUGGUAGUAGAUGAGGCAAUGGUGAGAUUCUAUGGAUGGAAUUCAAUGAAACAGUACAUGAAGGCCAAGCCGAUCAAACGAGGAAUAAAGAUAUGGAUGCUGUGCGACUCCAAUACAUACUACUAUUCCAAGUUUAGUGUGUAUCUGGGUCGCCAGAACAACGCCACGGAACAUGAACUGGCCUACAAUGUCGUGAGGAAUAUGACCAGUGAGAUCCGAGGAACCAACCGUGAGAUCUACUGUGACAAUUAUUUCUUGAGUGUAGCCCUCAUGGAAAAGUUGUUUCAGGAUGGAUUGUACUCAUGCGGAACGGUUCCGGUCAACCAUAAGCAGUUCCCUGUACAAUUGAAGAAGCCAAAAGAUCUCUGGGAACGAGGGCAGUUCAAAAUCUUACAGAGAGGAACCUCAAAUCUAACGGCAUCAGUGUGGCGGGACAAGAAAUUAGUGCAUCAUGUGAGCACUCUGAGCGACCCCACUCUGUCGCUUCAAGCUCCGCGUCAGACAGGGGCUGAAGUGUUGAAUCUGCAACAACCCCACGCAGUGAAAGCAUAUUGCCAGUACAUGGGUGGAGUUGAUGUCCAUGACCAAUACCAGCUAUGUUACGAGGUUGGACGUAACUCCAAGAAGUGGUGGCUCUACCUGUUUUGGUUUAUGAUAAACACUGUCAUCGUGAAUGCAUACCUCCUUUUCAAGGAAACUAGUAAACGCAGGCAUUCCAAGAAGCAUUUUGGCCACCUGGACUUCCGCGAGGAGCUCGCUGAGCGCUUGAUUGGACGUUACAUGAAGAGAAAACAGGCAAGCCAAGGACAGGCGCAGGCUGACCUUGUCAACAAGGAGAAUGUGGGUCCCCAUGUCCACGCAAUUCUGCCUGGGAAACGUAGAAGGUGCAAGUACCACAGCCUUGUUCUGAAGGAGCGCAUCGACACACGCUAUGGUUGCACAACAUGCAUGACGCCACUGUGCGGCAAUGGAUGCCACAAUUUGUGGCACAAUAUGACUGUGCCUGCACCGCACUAA